AUGGUUGAGCAGCUGCAAGGCACAUGGAAAUCCACGUCUUGUGAACAUUUUGAAGACUACAUGAAGGAACUAGGAAUAGGAAGAGUAAGCAGGAGACUGGGCUGUUUGGCAAAGCCUACUGUGACUAUCAGCACAAAUGGAGACAUUAUCACUAUAAAAACCAAGAGCAUUUUUACAAACAAUGAGAUUUCCUUUAAACUGGGAGAAGCGUUUGAGGAAGCCACACCAGAUGGCCAUAAAACUAAGAGUACAAUAACCUUAGACAAUGACUCCUUGAUGCAGACGCAGGACUGGAAUGGCAAGGAGAUCACAAUAACGAGAAAGUUGGUGGAUGGGAAAAUGGUGGUGGACAGUGCUGUGAACAAUGUUACCUGCACUCGGACAUAUGAGAGAAUAUAA